AUGGGACUAAACGACAGCAGCCCAGGUGCCAUGCGCAAUGGCCGUGGCCUCUCGGACCAGUGGGCAGAAUCUGUGGUUGUACGUCCACGAACAACCGAGCGCCACAUCACUGUCCACAAACGACUGGUGCUUGGCUUUGCCCUGUCCAUCUUGACCCUCAUCAUCGUCACGGCGGUGGCUGUAGUACUCAGCGUCCGCUUUGAGGAGUGCAGCGGGCGAGAGGGUGAAGGAUCGACCGGGGAGGCAGGGUCAAGAGGAAGUGGAGGGUCGGCGAAGUUGAACGGCAGCAGAGGGGAGAGGACGGGGGAGAGGGGGGAUGAGGAGGGAGCUCAGCCGUGGAGGAACUCCAGGCUGCCAGGCUCGAUAAGGCCGCGGCACUAUGACCUCCGGCUCGCCGUCUACAUGGACAACUUCACCUUCUCCGGAGAGGUCAGCAUUGAGCUGGAGUGUGUCAACGCCACCCGGUUCAUUGUGCUGCACGCCGACCGCCUUGAGGUGGAUAAGGUGUCCGUCACGGCAGAGGGUGGUCCUGGGGGUCGCCCCACCAACAAACCAGGCGGCGGAGUCAUGCGUAUCCACCGCCACUUCCCCUACCCGUCCACUCAGAUGUACGUCGUGGUGCUGCACCGCGAGAUGAAGCCUAUGAGAGUUUACCGACUGAACGUGAGCUUCGACGCCGCCAUCGAAGACGAGCUGCUGGGCUUCUUCAGGAGCUCGUACACCCUGCAGAGAGAGAGACGGUAUCUGGCGGUGACUCAGUUCAGUCCCAUCCACGCCCGGAAAGCCUUCCCCUGCUUCGACGAACCGGUCUACAAGGCCACAUUCUCCCUCACCCUCCGCCAUGACCCUCAGUACACCUCCCUGUCCAACAUGCCCGUGGAGAGCAGCUCGCUGUCGGACGAGGACGGCUGGGUGACGAACUACUUCAGCCGAACGCCACGCAUGUCCACGUACUACCUGGCCUGGGCCGUCUGCAACUUCACCUACAGAGAGACGCAGACCGACAGCGGCGUGGCGAUCCGUCUCUACGCUCGACCUGACGCCAUCUCCAGCGGAGCAGGCGACUACGCUCUCCACAUCACCAAGAGGCUUCUUGGAUUUUACCAGGACUACUUUAAAGUCCAGUACUCACUGCCUAAGCUGGACUUGUUGGCGGUGCCCAAACAUCCGUAUGCUGCCAUGGAGAACUGGGGGCUGAGCGUCUUCGUUGAGCAGAAGAUCCUAUUGGAUGCCGAGGUGUCGUCGUCGUCCUAUCAGAUGGAGCUGACCAUGGUGGUCGUCCAUGAAAUCUGCCACCAGUGGUUUGGUGAUCUGGUGACUCCGGUGUGGUGGGAGGACGUCUGGCUCAAAGAAGGCUUCGCUCAUUUCUUCGAGUACGUCGGCACAGACUUCCUCUUCCCCAAGUGGAACAUGGAGAAGCAGCGCUUCCUAACUGAUGUCCUUCAUGAGGUCAUGCUAUUGGAUGGCCUAAGCUCCUCCCACCCGAUCUCCCAGGAAGUGGAGCAGGCGACAGACAUCGACAGAGUCUUUGAUUGGAUCGCGUACAAGAAGGGGGCGGCGCUGAUCCGGAUGCUGGCGAACGUCAUGGGACAGCCGCUGUUCCAGAAAGGACUCAAUGAUUAUCUGCUGAGUCACAUGUACAGCAACGCAGCCAGAGAUGACCUGUGGAGCAAACUGUCCCAGGCCAUGCGCUCAGAGGGGCGGGACAUCAACAUUGGAGAGAUGAUGGACAGGUGGACUCUACAAAUGGGCUACCCUGUUGUUACCAUCAGCAAGAACCAAUCAGAGCAGCUGCCCAGUCAUUACAUCACCGUUAGCCAGGAGCACUUCCUGUACGGACAGGAAGUGAAGAUCAACAACAGUUUACAGUGGCAGGUGCCGCUGACCGUCGCUGUGGGAAACUCGACCACUGUGAGCUCAGAGAGUCUCAUCUGGAUCAACAACAAAACAGAAACCCACAGGAUUGGCCAGAUGGACGACAAAACGUGGUUGCUGGGUAAUAUUAACCAGACGGGGUACUUCCGUGUCAACUACGACCUCCAGAACUGGAAACUGCUGAUCCAGCAGCUCCACACCAACCCUCAGAUCAUCUCAGUUGGAAACAGGGCGGGACUCAUCGAUGAUGCCUUCAACCUGGCCAGGGCCGGGUACCUCCCACAGGGCGUCCCCUUGCAGCUGAUUGGAUACCUCCCUGAGGAGACGUCCUUCCUGCCGUGGCACGCCGCCAGCCGAGCACUCUACCAGCUGGACAAACUGCUGGACCGCACGGACGACUACAGCCUGUUCAGUGACUACGUGCUGAAGCAGGUUGCAUCACGCUACCAUCAGAUGGGUUGGCCGACGAGCGUGCCCGGCAAUGAGGGCAACAUCCUGCAGGCGUCCUACCAGACUGAGGAGCUGCAGAGGGAGCUCAUCAUGUUAGCCUGCAGCUUCGGGAACAAACAGUGCCACCGCCAGGCCGUCGCCUACAUCUCUGACUGGAUCUCCAGCAAUAAGAACAGGAUUCCUCCGAACAUCAGGGACAUUGUUUACUGCACCGGGGUGAGCCUGAUGGACGAGGACGUGUGGGAGUUCAUCUGGAUGAAGUUUCACUCGUCCAACGCCGUUUCGGAGAAGAAGAUCCUGCUGGAGGCUCUGACCUGCUCCGACAACAUCUUCCUCCUGAACAGGUUGCUGAAUCUGUCUUUGACCUCUGACCUCGUCCCGGAGCAGGACGUUAUCGACGUCAUCAUCCACGUCGGCAGAAACCCUCAGGGCCGAAACCUGGCCUGGAAGUACUUCAGAGAAAAGUGGGACGUCCUAAAUGCACGGUAUGGUGAAGCGCUGUUCAUGAACUCCAAGCUCAUCAGUGGAGUCACAGAGUUCCUGAACACGGACAAGGAGCUAGCUGAGUUGAAGGAGUUCAUCCAGUCCAGUGGCGUGGGAGCGGGGCCGGCUUUGCCGCGGGCGCUUGAGAUUGUUGAAGGCAACGUGCGCUGGCACCGCCUUCACCGGCGGCAGUUCUACCAAUGGCUGCGCAAACCUCCCAACUCUGCGCUGGGCUAACGCUAGCCAAACUGAAGGGACUGCAGACUGGCUGCAAGCCGACGCUAAUGCAAGGCUAGCUCAAAGACGCAGUCUGAUAGGAUGGGGAUGAAAGAGACGGACUGACCUGACUGGGUUUCAGAUGUUUUUUCUUCUUUUUUUGCUUUUAAAGAAAUAUGUUUUCUAUGGCUUUAUUUCAGACGGAUUAGUGUGGCUGAUGCUGUUAAACUGGUUUUUGUGCUGUGAAAUGACGAGUUUAUGCCACAGAGGAGCUAGCUGACUAAAUAGUUAUUAUGGGCUGAAAAAAGAGAUGGACACGGUUAAACAAAGGAUCUAACACAGUUUCUUAGCUAAGACUUUAACUCUGAUAAUCCAUUUUUAAAAUCAACCCUAACCACAACUGUCUGAAAGUCUGAUGGCCUUCCCCAAAGCUGUCACGCCAAACAUCACUAGAGAAUCCUGUGAUUCCAACUAUUUCAACAUCUACGAUCUACACAUUCUGCAGACCACGACAAGCAACGAUUCCUCGAGUCAUUUUCCUUCCCUUUAGAAGCUUUAUUGACCAAUCCCAACUGCCAAUGGUCCAGAUGUACGCAACUUCCUGUAGGUAAAGCAGCACUUCACAAUAAAAGCAUCUAGAGAAGAGACAGGCAGCUUUGCAGCUUAUUUAAUGAAUUCUGCACAGCAGUGGUCCCCAGACUUCUCGUCCCAUGAUCCUCAAAAUAACAGUGCAAGAGGCUGAGGAUCCCACUGUCCCUAGAGAGGGGUUAAGCGUCUAAUGUUGCACAUAGCCCAGGCAGGACGUCUGAGACAGGCCUUGGAAAAUAGACUUUCCUCGCUUAUGCUUUUUGUUAUAUACAGUCCUGUACAUCAGUCUUAGGCAUGUAGGGUGCUAAGGAUUCAUCAUGGGGCCUGACGUUCCACAACCAGGGGCUGCAGAGAGGAAAGAGGGCUGGAGUCGAGCUCAACACAUAAACACACGUGUGUCGCUCAUCAGCCAAUGCAAACCUCAACAGCAUCUCGUUUUCCGGCUUUUUCACCCCAAGUAAUACAACAAGAGACCGGCAGGGGUUUCCAGGCCUUUGGGACAUCCAUAUCAUGACCAGGGGCUUGUGGCACCCAGACAACAUCCCAGGCCGUGCCUACUAGCUACAUCCAACUCUUACUCUGCCCUAAAGAUGUGGAUUUCAUUUUUAUAACAAAUUAUUUUCCAAUCUCCCUGGUAAUAUGCAAGGACAUCCAGAGCAUGACCAGGGUUGUGUCAGUCCUUCUUCCCACCUAACAGCACCCUUAGGCAGCUCGCCACAUUUACGCCUUACUCCAGCUUCAGCUUUAGUCCCAAACAUAUCUAGAAGUUAUUCAAAGUAAUGUAACUAUUCUAAGCUAUUUUAAACCUGACAUAGUUUCCAGAUGCUUGUAAAUCUAGCGCUCGUGCAAGCACAUGUUUCGGCUGAGCAGCAGAUGAUCCAUAAGGACCGUAGUAAGAGCUUCUUUGCUUUGGGCGGUAAGAACUGCAUCUUUAACUCAUGGCAAUCACGUAAACACAUGGCUGUCUCUCUAAAGGUUUCUUAACCUUGCAAAGCAGAUGGAUACGCCCGUUUCCUUGUUUUUCACUGGUGAAUCCAUCUUGCAAAGCUCCCAUCUAAACCGUUUGGGCCCGGUUAGAAAGUGACGGGACCAGUCAGUGACGAGGGGCAGUACUGUCAGGCGCAGCAGAGUCGUGACAUAAACAAGCAGCAGCAAGAGAGAGGCCUGUGCCGUUAUGGAGGAAAAGAUUAGCGUGGAUGCUGCUAAAGCGCCAGUUUUAUCAGAACUUGACAACAUUUCUUCAUCAAAAGAAGAACAA